ACAGGCUUCAGCUCUCUUUAUAAAGCGCUGUAACCAAGGUCCCCCUUUCCCAUCUUCAGCUUCAGCUCCGGCACUCGACCUCUGGCAGGUUUUCUUCAUUUUCACUUUCACUUGCUCAACAUGCGGUCUUUCCUUGUUCCCGUUGCUUUCGCUUGCGCGCUCGCUGGUCGAGUGGCGGCUCUGAGCAUCGCUGUAGCCGGUAUCAAUGGGAACCUUACGGCGAGCCAGUUUCUGGAUGUCCCUGAACCCCUGAAGACACAGUGCACAACCCAGUGCAACCCCGCUAACAACGCCAUCCAGGCGUGCGGCACCGAUGAUGCCUGUCUCUGCAACAACGCCACGGUCUCCGCGAUUACUGCUUGCCAGCAGUGUAUGUUCAACCAGCUGAUUGCAGAGAAUAUCCCGAUGCCUGACCCCCGUGCUGGAUCGAGCGCCGCCCUUACUGCGUACGCCACUGCUUGCGCCGGGGUCGGACAGGUAGUCAAUACGACACAAGUGACACUGUCGAUUCCCUCGAACUGGGACGGACCGUUUGGUGUUGGCUUGAACACUGGCGGUACGGUCGUCACUGUUGCUGUUGGAGGGUUGCUUGGGUUCGGAGCGAUAAUGAUUCUAUCCAACAUGUAAUGGACGUGCAUGCUGUGCUGUGCUGUAGGAUGUCUUUGUCAGAUACUGUUUGCAACAUAUUGAGCUCGGAUGUUUUCUUGGGA